AUGAGAAUUUGUACUUUGGAGUAUAUGAAUCUUUGGUCCUUCAAGCAGAUCUAUACUGCUGUUGACAACAUUCUGAAAAGGAAAAUUCUGUUCUCACAGCAGAUUGCGGGAUUCGCUCGCUUUGGGGCGGCAGCAGGGUGUGCUCUGUUGUGGUUCACACAUCCCCAUGGCGUGAACUUCAUUCAGGGGGCAGUCAACGACAUGGUCAACCCCCCUCCUCCCAAGAUUCAGGAGGAGUAA